AUGGCCACCCAUAGCGACUAUUCUGACGAUGAUUCCCAACCGGGCUCCCCGGUACUGGGCAAUGCCAACAACGCGGACGAGAUCGAGGACCAGGAAGCCCUCGAUCAAGACAAUGAGCAUGAUAGUCAGUCUCUCAAAUCGGCCUUGAAGAGGCGAACUUCAUUGCCUCCGAUGGUUUCGGAGAAGAAACCUGAGCUUCCAGAACAGCCGGAUCCGCAGACUCUGGACCUGUCCACCCUAACGCCACUGACACCAGAAAUAAUUGCGCGGCAAGCGACGAUCAACAUUGGCACCAUUGGACACGUCGCACACGGCAAAUCGACGGUGGUGAAGGCUAUCUCUGGUGUACAAACGGUCAGAUUCAAGAAUGAACAGGAGAGAAAUAUCACCAUCAAGCUGGGUUAUGCCAAUGCCAAGACCCUCCAUGCGCAAGAGAUGGAUGCACAGGCAGAUAUCGUCUUCUCAGACAUGUUUCCUGACACAUUGCGAAAUCCCAGCUUUGUCGAUUGCCCCGGACACGACAUCCUCAUGAGCACUAUGCUUUCAGGAGCAGCUGUCAUGGACGCAGCACUCCUCCUAAUUGCUGGCAACGAAACCUGUCCUCAACCACAAACAUCGGAACAUCUGGCUGCAAUUGAAAUCAUGAAACUGAACCACAUCAUCAUUCUCCAAAACAAAGUCGACCUCAUGCGCGAAGACGGUGCCCUACAACACUACCAGUCGAUACUGAAAUUCAUCCGCGGCACCGUCGCGGACGGAUCGCCUAUCAUCCCCAUCUCAGCCCAGUUGAAAUACAACAUCGAUGCCGUCAACGAGUAUCUCGUGUCGCACAUCCCCGUGCCAGUCCGCGACUUCCAAGCGGCCCCGCACAUGAUCAUCAUCCGAUCGUUCGACGUCAACAAGCCCGGCGCGGAGAUCGAGGACCUCCGCGGUGGCGUCGCGGGCGGCAGUAUCCUUACCGGUGUGCUCAAACUAGGUGACGAGAUCGAAAUCCGGCCGGGGAUCGUCACCAAAGACGAACAGGGCAAGAUCCAAUGCCGACCCAUCUUUAGCCGCGUCAUCUCUCUCCUCGCCGAGCAGAAUGACCUGAAAUUCGCAGUGCCCGGCGGCCUCAUCGGUGUCGGAACCCGUGUCGAUCCAACGCUCUGCCGGGCUGAUCGUCUACUAGGUUUCGUCCUGGGCCACCGCGGCCGUCUGCCAGCCAUCUACACGGAAAUCGAAGUUAACUACUUCCUCCUCAGACGAUUGCUGGGUGUCAAGACCGCAGACGGGAAACAGGCGAAGGUAUCCAAGCUGGCAAAGAAUGAGGUGCUAAUGGUUAACAUUGGCUCGACGGCUACGGGUGCGAAGGUGAUGGGCGUCAAGGCUGAUGCCGCGAAAUUGAGCUUAACGAGUCCUGCGUGCACCGAGGUUGGGGAGAAAAUUGCGCUGAGUCGACGGAUUGAUAAGCAUUGGCGUUUGAUUGGGUGGGCGAAUAUUGUCGCUGGAAACACACUUGAACCAAUCAUUGACUGA